AUGGCAACUCCAGAGCCUCUACCAUCUCCUCCACUGUCAGACUCUGAUAACUGCAGCUCACCAAAGGCCCCAGUUGAAACUCUUACAUCUCUGAUCAAAUCCACUUAUAAGACAUCGAAUGUCAACUUCUUUGUGAAUGGCCAACCUGUUACCGUCAAGAAUCCGAACCCAGACUGGGUUCUAUUAGACUGGAUUCGAGCACAAGAUAGCCUUAAAGGCACAAAGCUGGGAUGUGGAGAAGGCGGCUGCGGUGCAUGCACCGUCGUUCUGCAAGUGGCCGAGCCGGGAAAGCUUGUUCGACAUCUUGCUGUCAACGCUUGUCUUUAUCCUCUUAUCGGAGUCGACGGCAAAAGUCUGAUCACAGUUGAAGGGCUUGGUUCGGUGAACAAUCCACAUCCUUUACAAGAGAGAAUCGCAAAAAUGCAUGGCACACAAUGCGGCUUUUGUACACCCGGAAUUGUGAUGAGCUUAUAUGCUUUGAUCAGAAAUUCUUAUCGAAACGGCAAGUUUCAUCUCACACUCUCGGACGUAGAGCUCCAAGGCCACCUCGACGGGAACCUUUGUAGAUGUACUGGAUAUAAGCCAAUUUUUGAAGCGGCCCGCACGUUUGUCACGGAAGACCUCAAGGGUCUCAUUGCCGAACAUGACGACGGCAGGACCCGAGAAUCUAGUCCGGAUACGUUAGACGGAGACGACAGUCUUCUGCAACUGGCUAAUAAGUCUGGAUCGUGUGGCCGACCUGGUGGUUGUUGUCGAGAUAAGCCCAAGCCUGCAGAGCUCAACGAACUAGAUGUUCAGCCUAGCCUUAGUCCUCCUGUUUCCGACGAUGAUGACACUGGCUUUCCUUUCAAGACAAAGAGUUCUAUAUUCUGCGGUCUACAAGACGAUUGUUGUGGCGGGGCAAAGGAAGGAUCAUGUUGUCGUUCUGCUCCAUCGAGUGGGAUACCAGUUAAACCAGUCGAAACUCCAAUUUCACCACCAAGGUCUACUAGGGCAUCAAUCACAUCAGUCUCAUCAGAAGAUCUCAUUACCAAGCAGACUUUUAUGUCGUACGAACCUGCAACAGAACCAAUUUUCCCACCUACGCUUUGGAAGUACCAACCCCAGCCAAUAUGUUAUGGAGAUAAUCGUAGGCUAUGGUUCAGGCCAACAACGUUGGAGCAACUUAUCCAGUUGAAGGCUGCGUAUCCUUCAGCAAAAAUCGUCGGCGGUGCCAGCGAAACCCAAAUUGAGGUCCGUUUUAAGAAGAUGAAUUACCAAGUCUCCAUCUUCGCAGCAGACAUCACCGAGCUCAGCUUGUAUCGAGGCCCUGGUAGUCCGACCCAGUCAGAACUUGGAGCCCUCAACGAGAUCUCCAUACCGGGGAAUAUGACAUUGAGCAAAGUUGAAGAACUCUGCAAGUCCCUGUACCAGGAGCUUGGUCGCCGUGGUUUUGCCCUUGAGGCGCUCCGAAAGCAGCUUCGGUAUUUUGCGGGGCGUCAGAUUCGGAAUGUUGCCAGUCUUGCCGGGAGCCUAGCUACAGCUAGCCCAAUAUCUGACUCUGCGCCUGUGCUUCUAGCAGCUGGGGCGAAGGUUGUUGUACGAUCUCAAUCUAAAGGCACUCUUGAUAUCCCGCUUUCCUCAUGGUUCAUUCGGUAUCGAACCACAGCCCUACCACAAGACGGCGUUAUCACCCAGAUUGCCAUACCGUUACCGCCUGAAAAUGUACAAGAGGUGACAAAGGCUUACAAACAAGCCAAAAGAAAGGACGACGACAUCGCUAUUGUUACCGCCGGUUUAAGAGUUCGGCUUAACGAAGAUGGGAUUGUCGAAGAUUGCGCAUUUGCAUUUGGCGGUAUGGCUCCGACAACAGCCAUAGCUAAUCAAGCGCAACAGGCGGUCGCCGGUAAGCGCUGGGCGGAGGUUGCAACACUCGAGGCUGGCAUUGAUGCGCUCCUCGAACAGUUUGACCUGGGAUACGGUGUGCCCGGAGGUAUGGCACAAUAUCGACGAGUUUUGACGAUUUCAAUGUUUUUCAGGUUCUGGCACGAGGUUGUACAUGAUUUGAGCCUUGCGAACGUCGAUGCAGAUCUCAUACAAGAGAUCCAUCGCGAUAUAUCAAAGGGCAACCGUGAUAACUACACCGCCUCGAUGAAGAACCGGGGCACCCAGACAGUGGGAAGACCAAUCCCCCACCUGUCGGCGCUGAAACACUGCACUGGUGAGGCAGAAUAUCUUGAGGAUAUGCCACGGCAGCACAAUGAACUGUUUGCUGCGUUAGUAUUGGCCAAGAGAGCUCACGCAGAGCUGGUCAGCGUUGACUACACAGCCGCAUUAGCAAUGCCUGGGGUUGUAGGCUAUCUUGACAAAAACAGCCCGCCAAAAGGAACCAAUAUAUGGGGUCCAGUAAUUCACGAUGAAGCACUUUUCGCAGAUGGAACCAUUCAUUACUAUGGUCAGGUCAUCGCAUUGAUCUAUGCAGAGACCGCUCUCCAAGCCCGAGCGGCUGCCGACCGUGUUGAAGUUGUCUACAAUGAUCUACCGGCAAUCUUCACCAUUGAUGAGGCAAUCAAGGCCAACAGCUUUUUUUCGCAUGGCAAGCAGCUCAGGAAAGGUGAUGCAGUUGGAGGGUCUCUUGAUGAGGCCUGGUCAAACUGCGACUACAUUGUCGAAGGCACCACCAAUAUGGGCGGCCAAGAGCACUUUUACUUGGAGACCAACGCUGCGCUCGCCAUCCCCCACUCUGAAGACGGCUCAAUGGAAGUUUAUUGCUCGACGCAAAACUUGAUGGAGAACCAGGUGUUUGUGGCGCAAGUAUUGGGAGUCCCGAUGAGCCGAGUCAACAUGAGAGUGCGUCGCAUGGGCGGCGCCUACGGCGGCAAAGAGUCGAGGAGUACGCCAAUUGCCAUGUACAUCGCUCUCGCCGCACGAAAAUCAAACCGACCUGUGCGUAUGAUGCUAAACCGAGACGAGGACAUGUCCAUUAGUGGUCAAAGGCAUCCUUUUCAGUCUCGGUGGAAGGUAGGAGUCAAGUCCGACGGCAAGAUUCAAGUACUUGAUAUGGACUUGUACAACAACGGAGGUGCUUCUCUUGACAUGACAGGCGCAGUCAUGGACCGCGCUUGUACUCACAUCGACAACUGUUACUACUUUCCUCAUGCUUGGAUCAGAGGGUGGCUUUGCAAGACCAACACAGUAAGCAAUACAGCAUUCCGUGGAUUUGGCGGCCCUCAGGGCAUGUAUAUGUGUGAGAGCAUUAUGUACAAAAUUUCAGAGACGUUGAACAUCGACAUCGAUGAGUUGCGUCUUCGUAAUCUCUAUAAGAUUGGCCAGAGAACUCCUUUCCUCCAGGAGAUUACAGACGACUUCCAUAUUCCUACAAUGCUGGAGCAGCUUACGGUCAACGCCGACUACGAAAAGCGAAAGGCUGAAAUCAAAGAAUUCAAUGCCAAGUCUCGCUUUAAGAAGCGAGGCAUUAGCAAGAUUCCUACCAAGUUUGGCUUGAGCUUCGCAACCGCGCUGCAUCUAAACCAAGCCGGUGCUUACGUGAAGAUAUAUGAAGACGGUUCCGUUCUUCUCCACCACGGCGGAACGGAGAUGGGGCAGGGCCUCUACACCAAGAUGGCCCAGGUUUGCGCAGAGGAGCUAGGAGUCAGCGUGGACGAUGUCUUCAACAAGGACUCACAAACUGACCAAGUUGCCAACGCCUCACCAACCGCAGCAUCCUCCGGAAGCGACCUAAACGGGCAAGCAGUCAAGAAUGCUUGCGAUCAGCUCAGGGAGCGUUUAGCGCCGUACCGCGAGAAAUACGGCGCCGACGCGCCCAUGUCCAAGAUUGCGCACGCCGCAUACUUGGACAGAGUCAACCUUGCCGCCAAUGGAUUUUGGAAAAUGCCACGAAUUGGGUACGAAUGGGGCAACUGGAAGGAUCCGCUGCCAAUGUACUACUACUGGACCCAGGGAGUUGCAAUUAGUGAAGUCGAGCUUGAUACUUUGACAGGAGACUCAACGGUACUCAGGACUGAUAUCAUGAUGGACAUCGGCCGGUCCAUCAACCCGGCGAUAGAUUAUGGGCAAAUUGAGGGUGCGUUUGUUCAGGGACAAGGCCUGUUCACAAUGGAAGAAUCGCUGUGGACCAAGUCUGGAGAGCUUUUCACCAAGGGCCCGGGAACGUACAAAAUUCCAGGUUUCUCUGACAUUCCCCAAGAGUUUAACAUUUCGACAUUGCAACAUGACUCAGAAGGCAACCCGAUCAGCUGGACCAAGCUGCGGUCCAUCCAGAGUAGCAAAGGCACAGGGGAGCCUCCGCUUUUCUUGGGCUCGACGGUCUUCUUCGCUUUGAGAGAGGCAGUCAAGGCUGCUCGAGAGAUGAACAAUGUGAAGACACCGUUGAUUUUGAACGCCCCAAGCACGGCGGAGAAGUUGAGAUUAGCUGUGGCGGAUGAUUUGGUCCGCCGGGCUGCAGUAAAGCCCAAAGAGGGGGAGAAGGAGUGGUUCAUCAGGAUUGAAACCUAA